GCGCAAGCGCAAAACGAAAUUUACAACAUGGCGGAACGUAGGAAAAGCAAGAAGCGCAAAGAUCAGGAAGUAUCAUAUCACGUAAAUAAUGAAGUUAUUCAAGAAAAACCAGCUAAAGAAGAAUAUGAAGUAGCUAAAUGGAUUCGUAAGAAUGUACCAACAAAAAAAACAAAAUUUGAUAGAAAUCACACUGUUGAAUACUUCACUGGCACUCGUGCAGUGGAUGCUUUAUUGGAAAACUCACCAUGGAGUGAUUAUAGAUUUGAGACACGUGAACAGGUUACACUAUUUCUUGAUUUGAUGUUAAGACAUAAAUUCUUUCAUCGAGCUAAAAAAGUAGUAAUUUCUGAGGAAGAAUUAUGUAAAAUACGUGGAGUAAAAAAAAAAGUUAAAGAAACAAAAAAAGAAAAGAAAUCUACUGAGAAAGAGAAGGAAGAAUCUAAAGAAAACAAAGAUGCUACAAGCGAAAAAGAAAACGAAGAUAAAAUUGAAGAAAAAAAGAAAAAACCAAAAGUACGUUUAGAAAUGCAUAUGGAACAGUAUUUUGUUGACUGCAAUGAUGCUUAUGUUUGGAUAUAUGAGCCAAUUCCCAUAUAUUACUGGUUCUUUGGAACACUUGUAGUUUUGGGUGCAAUUGGUGUUUGUCUUUUCCCAUUGUGGCCAUUGACAAUCCGUCAUGGUGUAUAUUAUACAAGCAUUGCAGCUGCUGGAUUUCUUACAUCCAUUUUGGCAUUAAUAAUUAUUAGAAUAAUUUUAUUUUGCGUUUUGUGGGUGCCAACCCUUGGCAGAUGUCAUCUUUGGAUUUUGCCUAAUUUAACUGCAGAUGUUGGAUUCUUGGCUUCAUUCUGGCCACCUUAUCAAUAUGAAUACUAUGGUCCCAUAUCUGAAAGCGAUAAAAAAGUUAGUAAAAAGAAGAAAAAAAAAGAAAAAGAUUCAGAUACUGAAGAAACAUUAUCAUCACAAUUAGAAGAAAAACCAAGCAUCAAAGAAAUAUCUAAAGAACAUACUCAAAUUGAAGAAAUAUCAUCUAGUGAAGAAAACAAGCUUCCUUCGUCAGAAUUGAUAGAUGGUGAAGAGACAUUAGAAGAUACCGAAGAAACAUCAUCACAAUUAGAAGAAAAACCAAGCAUCAAAGAAAUAUCUAAGGAACAUACUCAAAUUGAAGAAAUAUCAUCUAGUGAAGAAAACAAGCUUCCUUCAUCUGAAUUGAUAAAUGGUGAAGAGGGUAGUGAAAGUUCAGAAAGUGAAAAAUCUAAUACGGGUCGAGAUUUUGUUAUGGUUUAAAUUGAGAUUGGCAAUAAAUAGUUUUUGUUUAUCUUUAA